UCAUCGAUAGGUAAAGUCGUUCUGGCUGGUCAGUCAUUAGUCUCCUAGGGCACAAACACAAGUCCAAAGAAAAUGGCAGCUUCUGAGACAAAAACCAAGCUUGAAGAUGUCCUCAAACCCUUCUAUCAAAGAGCCUCUGAAGCUGAGGAUCGGCUGUCAAGACUGGAAGCUUCUGUUGCAAGUAAUAGAGAUGCUGGAAGCGAGGAACAUUUGAAAACUAUAAGUGAGCUUCAGGCAAAGCUAGAAGGUGCAAAUGCAGAGCUAGCUUUGGAACGAGAAAAGGCUAAGAAGCUUGCUGUGGAAAAUGGAAAGCUCCAGUAUCGUGUUAUUCAUCUUGUCCAUGCAAUCAGGGAGGGUGAUGCUAAGUUGGAGAGCCUAAAAGGGAAAGUGAGGGGAAGAGAAAUUAUCCAGGGAAAAAGAGGAGUUUCUCUAGGAGCAACACUGCUAAAUAAUUCACAAUUAUUUAUCAAGGAAAAAAACAAAGCAAAUGGUUUGUCUAGCUUGGCAAGCAGAAGAGGAGGAAUAAGAAAGUGGAAAAACCGCCACUGUUAGGAUUGAUGGAGCAACGAGCUUGAUGCGUACAAGGUUUUAGGUUUCAAAAAUGAUUCGACAUUUUCCGUACAAAAACUAGAAAAAGCUGUCGAUAGAUAACCGGGCUCUGCCAAAAGUAAUUCCUUCACGCUUAAUGCAUGUUUAUUUUUAC